AACGCGAAGAUAAACAAGUCGACGGAUCGCAGAGAGAGAUAUUAAUUCGCCGGAAUCAAGCUAGUUUAUCAGUUUUUCCGUGUGUUUUUCGUUCCGUGUGAAGGGUUUCGUGAAAUCUUUGAUUUAUCCGAAAACAACAGUCGUUCGUUCCGGGAAACGGUGAUGUUUCGAUUUCUGCAAGCGCUUAACUUGAUUGUUUUUGUCAACAUCAUCAGCGGCGGCGAGCAAAUCACGGUGGAUGAGAAUGGCUACAUCAUGUACUGUCCCUGUAUGGGACGUUUUGGUAAUCAAGCGGACCACUUCCUCGGCUCGCUCGGGUUUGCAAAAGGCCUGAACCGUACGCUCGUCCUGCCGCCCUGGGUCGAAUACCGUAAAUCGGAACCACGCUCGGUACAGGUGCCGUUUGAUACGUACUUUAAGGUGGAACCUCUCGAAGCAUUUCAUCGUGUGAUCACCAUGGAAAGUUUCAUGGUCAACCUAGCACCCACCCUGUGGCCACCGCAGGAACGCAUCGCAUUCUGUUACACGGAACGGAUGGGACUCGAUGGUAGUACCGGUCAUGGGUGUAAUGCGAAGAGUGGGAACCCGUUCGGUUCCUUCUGGGACACGUUUGCGGUUGAUUUCGCAGGGUCCGAGUUUUAUGGACCGAAGCUCAACUACGACGUGUACCACGGUGACCGAAUGGCGGAACGGUGGAACGAGCGUUACCCUGGUGCCAAGUGGCCUGUCCUCGCUUUCACUGGAGCCCCGGCAACGUUUCCGGUACAACGGGAAAAUCUCAAGCUACACCGUUUCCUCCAAUGGUCGGAACGAUGGGACAGCGCGGCACGACAGUUCAUCCGUGACAGCCUUCCCCGGGGUGCGUUCAUCGGUAUCCAUCUGCGGAAUGGCAUUGAUUGGGUGCGGGCUUGCGAGCACGUGCGCGAUAGCUCGAACCUCUUCUCUUCACCCCAGUGCCUCGGCUAUCGGAACGAGCACGGCCAGCUGACGGCGGAAAUGUGUAUGCCAUCGAAGGACACGAUCGUCCGCCAGCUGAAGCGCCGCAUCAAGCUGCACCGUGAAACGGCACCGGACAAUCCAAUUCGGGCCGUAUUUGUGGCUUCUGACAGCAAUCACAUGGUGACGGAGCUGAACGAAGCGCUGCGCCGGAUGGAGGUAACCGUAGUGCGGCAUCCCGAUACCGAUCCGCAUCUCGAUCUAGCCAUCCUUGGGCGGGCGAACCACUUUAUCGGUAACUGUAUCUCAUCGUACACCGCGUUCGUGAAGCGUGAACGUGAUUCCAAGGGAUUUCCCUCUUCGUUUUGGGCUUUCCCGACCGAAAAGCCCACUUCUAAACCGAAAAUACCCGACAGUGCAGGCCAGCACGAGGAGUUGUAAUCGCGCAAAACUACUCUCCCUCGCCUUUCAUGGGUAAAAUAAUCUCACCGAAAUUCGGAACUGAAUAAAGA